AUGGGCGCGCCAAGCGAGAGCGCCAAUGCCGUGCUCGAGAGAUUGGUCCUAUUGGGAAAGCGGAGUGCAUUGAUCGGUUCAGAACCGCCGGGAUGUAACGCUCCUGAGGGUCUCAGCACGGCGUUGUGGCCCCUCGCAGUGCCGGGACACGCGGAGCUGCGGCUGCAGAGGCGCGCGACGGGGACCGAGGGCCCCCACGAGGACGAUGGUGACCUCGGCAGCCUCAGGGACGGCACCGGCUAUGAUCCGGGCCCGCGCCCAGCAUGCGCGAUGCGCGUGUGCGCCUUUUUGGCGAAUGCUCCCAGCUCAAACGAGCCGCUGCGCCUGCUAGAGCUCGGCGCAGGAAUCGGCACCUGCGGUCUCUUCUUUGCGAGCCGGAUCGACGGGCGGGCGAGCGUCGUGCUCUCUGACUGCGACCCAGAGGCACUCCGGCUCGCGCGCCUCAACGCGGCCUCGCUGGACGCCCGCGAUGCGAGCCGGGUGGCGGUCCGGCGGUAUGUCUGGGGGCAGCCCCUCGACUCGGGGUUCGAUGUCGUCCUCAGCAGCGACUCGGUGUACACGCGGUCGCAGGCGGCGCCCUUUUUCAAGGCUUGCAAGGAGGCCGCCCGGCAUGACGACGGACGGGGUCUGGACGCCGUCGUCAUCAUGUCCCACUGCGUGCGUCGGCCGACGGUCUUCGGCGACGCAUCCAAGGCCGCCGGCGCACACGGCGGCAGGGCGCAGAAGCGGCGGCGCGUCUUCAUCGAGUCUGAGGACGCGGCGCUGCGGGAGUUUCUCCGCCUUUGCGCUGCGGACCGGUCGGUUGCCAUCGUAGAGGUGGACGACAGCCACGAGCGCGCUUCGGCCGAGGAGAUCCGGCUCUACGUGCUGGCCAUCGCGCCGACCGCGCGGCGGCGUGCAGAGCUGCUCGCCCGGUGGGCCGACCCGUCGCGGCUGGCUGGGAGGGGUGGUGGUGCUGCUGGUGGUGUGCGGCGGCCGCGCUCCUCGUGGAGGCCGCGGGUACAGAUCGGCGAGGUGUACACGGCCGACACGCGACAGCGACGAUGA